AUGGCGAAAACUUACGACUAUCUGUUCAAACUUUUACUUAUCGGCGAUUCCGGCGUUGGCAAAACCUGCAUACUGUUCCGCUUCUCGGAGGAUGCCUUCAAUACCACAUUCAUCAGUACGAUCGGCAUCGAUUUCAAAAUAAGGACUAUUGAUCUGGACGGGAAAAAGAUAAAGCUUCAAAUAUGGGACACAGCGGGACAGGAACGAUUCCGUACAAUCACGACUGCCUAUUACCGGGGAGCUAUGGGCAUCAUGCUGGUAUACGACAUCACACAGGAGAAAUCGUUCGAAAACAUCAAAAACUGGAUCCGAAACAUCGAGGAGAAUGCAGCGGCCGACGUGGAAAAGAUGCUGCUCGGCAAUAAGUGUGAGCUUAAUGAAAAACGACAGGUUACCCGUGUUAGAGGCGAACAGUUAGCAGUUGAAUAUGGCAUCAAAUUUAUGGAAACUUCGGCAAAGGCAAGCAUCAACGUGGACGAAGCAUUUUUCACCCUUGCCCGUGACAUUAAAUGUAAAAUGGAGAAGCGAAUGGAAGCGAACAAUCCACCGAAAGGUGGCCAUCAGCUGAAGCCGCAGGUUGAACCACGGAAGGCACCGAGUUGGCUAUCAAAGUGCAAUCUGUUUUGACCUUGUAGUAGUCCUACUAUUAAUAAUUAUUAUUUUUUUAUAUAACACACUAAAUAAUAAUUAUCAUUAUUAUUAUUUAAAACUGUAUGUAAACGGA